GAGCACCAGCCAACAUUACACACUCUACACUGUCUCCCAACCUCAGUAGCUUCUAAACAGUGACGGGGGACGUACGUCAGCCCCUCUUCCUGCCUACCCUCUGGAGAGACAAGCUGCAAUGUGCCCCCCUCGACUCUCCUGACACCUGGCGAGCAUUCCAUUAGUGCCUUACGGGAUUCUAGUAACACUUCUGCAGGAUGGCGGACAACAACAAGCCACCGAAGGACUGGGAGCUGCGGUCCUUCUCCUCUGGGAAGCUCAAGAAAUCCUCCUCGGUGGAGAUCCUGCUGGGGACUCAUCCUACACGCGGCCGCUUUCUCGCCACCUCCCCGCUGCCCUCCAGCCGCGUCACCAGCCACAACAUGAAGGGAUCAGGCCGCCCCUCUAGCACCCCGAAGGCUGGCACCCUCCCCUCUUCUACAGCGCCACUGUCUGGUGCCGCCCCUCCCUCAGUGCAGAACGUAGGUGUUAAGGACCAAGGAUCAGUGCCAAAUAACACAGUGCCACAGAACAAGGCAGCUGCAAAGACCAAGGAGACAGUGCCAAGUAACGCAGUGCCACAGAACAAGGCCGCUGCAAAAACCAAGGAGACAGUGCCAAGUAACGCAGUGCCACAGAACAAUGCUGCUACAAAGACCAAGGAGACAGUGCCAAGUAACGCAGUGCCAGGGAAAAAGGGAGACGUAGCGAUAGAGAUGGAAACAGUGCCUAGUAAACCAGCGGUAGCCAAGGAGAACAAAGCAGUGACACCUGAACUCACUGGGUCGAACAGUUCACUAAUAAGAAUGCUGGAACCCACACCUGUCCCUGUGCCCGUCACCUCAACACCUGUGGCCGCUAAACCCCCGCCACCUGUCCUCCCCACCCCACUACACACACCACCCCUGGCCAGACUCAAAAACCUGAAGGACAAAGGGAGUCACUUACCGCCCUUAAACACCUCACACAAGCUAGACCAGUCCCCUAUGAGCACACCUCGAGAGACUCCCAAGAGCACUCCGAAGGGCACUCCCAAGGGCACCCCGAUCAUAGGGAAGCGAGGUCACGUGUUCUCAGUGUCGACGCCUGACGUGGAGCCUGAAACUGGGCAGCCUCUUCCCUUCCCCUUCGAGAGAACCAAGAAACCAGUGACGGAGUGCCUUAGUGACCCCUUCGAAGUGCGCCGCAAGAUCAAACCCCUGACAGAGCCCGUGCUGAAGGAGAAGAGUGGAGGCGAGGAAGAGGAACCUGUGUGGCAAAGAAGACUCUCCCUCCUCUUCGUGCCGCCCACAGAAGAUGAACUGGAGCCGGAGAAGGAACCAGAGGAGACUACGAGACUUCUCCCAGCACUGAUCACCCCACUCAUCCUCCGCAAGCAGUCAGUGGAUAGCGUCGCCUCACCCCCGAUCUCCAGGCGCAAGGAUCGUUUGGAGAGGGCGAUCAAGAAGAAAGAGAAAGAGGCGAGCAAGAAGGAAAGACAGGCGAGGGAAAAACUGAUCCGAGAGGAGGCGAGGCAACCACGUAUUAAUUUCGAGGAGGAGAAUAACAAGAGAGAAGAGGAGCGAAAGAAGAAAGAAAAGGAGGAACCAAGGAGGGCUGAGGCGAAAUUCUCAAGAUUAAGGAAUUCAUUCAGUGAUGACCCCGUCUCGUCCUCGUCCUCCAUGGGAUCGAGUGAGGAGGACGAGAAGGAGAGGGAAGAGGAGGAGGAGGAGGAGGGGAAAGAGCAGCUGGACGACUAUACCUCCUGGGAUGACACUAUCUGCUCCAAUCGCUCCGCCUUCUUCAAGAAAUACUAUACCCAGCGAGGCGUGAUAGGCAAGGCGGCGGAGGCGGAGGACAAGGAGGAAAGCUUUAGAUCCCCCUUCGAAGCGUCUCAUAAUUCUCUCUCUUCACUCAUACGGGAGAGAAUGGGGAAGACACCGCCGGGCCAGGGGAAGAAGACCACUCAGCUUGGCCUGGUGGUGCUGGUGGUGGUGCUGCUGGUGGUGAUAGUGGUGGGUAUCAGCCUCACCCAUUACUUCUACCACCUACACCUGCUGGAGCUGUCCAUCUUUAACCGCAUCAAGUUCUACGAGGGUCCGCGCCACCUGGAGGUGUACGACCCCACGUGGAAGCCCGUCAUCACCUUGCACAUGGGGACCAACCUGCCAAAGUACUCUAUCCCCGAAGACUGCACCGACUACCUCAACUACCUGCAGGACGAGAACUACACUCUCCCGCACCAUGGACUCGACGAUGACGAAUACGAGGAGAUGAUCUGCCUGGACUGGACGGCCCUGGCGCAGCUGCAUCUCCGCAAGCUGUACGCAGCGGGCAGCGUGCAGUGCUACACGGUGUGGUGGGUGGCGCUCAAACACGACUUCACGCUGCGGGACUGUCUGAUGCCCAGCACCACCGAACACGUGGAGGUGCGCAACAUCACGUGGUGGGGGGGCGGGGAGAUGUCGUCAGGGGGGUUCCCCAUCAGCAGGGCCGAUGUGCCCCCCGAGGAGAUGGUCACCGGCAAGCUGAACCGCGACCCGUGGGGCCAGCUGCUCCGCCGCACGUGGCUAUCAGACCACGCCACGCUGCUCAUGCUGCCCUCAAGGUUCGGCGGCCGGGUGUCCGUCAACCACAACCAGGACAACAAGGUGUGCCUCGAGAUGCACGUCACCGCCUGCACCGACGACGACGCCAACCUCAGCUACACCGUGUGCACGGCGCCCAACCUCACCGCGCUGGCCGGCUACAUGCACCAGCGCGCCGUGGAGGAGAGGCACAGCGUGGGGACCACCGUGCCCUCCCUCGUCAACUACAGCAUGGAGGAAGUACCGGUGGAGGAGAGCGAGGGCGAGGAGCAACCGGUGGCUAUGAUGCGCGAGACCUUCAAUCAGGAGGUGGUGGCGCGGGUGGAGGAGCGCCUGGAGCACCCUGUGUGGGUAAUGCCAGAGACCUCCUACCUGACGCAGCAGAUGGUGGUGGACUACGUGCAGCGCCUGGACCGCCUGCUGGCCAACACCACGGGGACGCGCGGCCACGUGUUGCUGCCCCCCACGUGGCAGACGCGGCCCGGGGAGCUGGAGUUUGACCCCGAGAGGUUCCCUGACCCCUUGGGUCUGUCCCAGGUCACGCGAGACAAGGGCUUCCACCUGGCGCUCACCCUACACCCCUUCGUCAGUGUGGACGCCCCGGGCUUCAAGGAAGGCAUGAGGGAGGGACUGUGGGUGCGACAGAAAAAGUCCAGGCUGCCGGCCCUCGCCCGCUAUGAAAACUGGCAUCCCUCUGUGGUGACGGACUUCAGCAAUCCUAGGGCGCGCCGCUGGUACGCCGCGCAGCUCAACGGUCUCAGGGACGAGUACGAGGUGGACCGCUUCCACCUGCAGCCCGCUGACGCCCACGCACUACCUGUCUACCACGAGUACCACACGCCCUUCACCGACCCAGACGACACCCUGGUGCACUUCAUGGCCUCCGUCAGCAGUGUCUCGCCGCCCAUCAGCACGGAGGGCGCCGUCAUGCCGCCGCUACCGCCCACCUUCGUCACCAUGGGCAGCGGGGAGGGUUCCUGGAAGGAGCUGGAGACACUGGUGCCCCGGGCCCUCACCAUGACCAUGCUGGGCUACCCCUUCAUUGAUGUGGGGCUGAUCGGCGGACCACCCCGCGGCGACAGCGAACUUUACAUUCGGUGGAUCGAAGCGGCGACCUUCCUACCCGCCAUGCAGAUCAGCGUGCUACCUGACACAUACGGAGAGGAGGUGCUGGAGAUAGCCAAGCAGUACCAAGACCUCAGGAAGACCCUAGUCCUACCUCGUCUCCUGGAAAAGGUCCCGGCAGCUCUACAGAACGGGACACCUCUCAUCACACCACUGGUUCUCUUCGCACCGCAGGACACAGAGGCUCUCAAAGUGGAUGACCAGUGGAUGUUGAGUGAUGACCUCCUAGUGGCGCCCGUGACCCACAGAGGAAGGCAAACCAGGGACGUGUAUCUCCCCAAGGGUAUCUGGAAGGACGGGAUAACAGGGAAAUUAAAGAACGGAGGGCGCUGGAUUAGAGAUUACCAGGUUCCUUUGACGAAAAUUCCUUACUUUAUCCUUCGACCUGUUGAUGAUUUCCGCAGGUGAGAGAGAGAGAGAGAGAGAGAGAGAGAGAGAGAGAGAGAGAGAGAGAGAGAGAGAGAGAGAGAGAGAGUAUAAAAGGUUGUAAUUAUGUAUCAACUCACGCACUGUAAUUAAUUAUAAUUAUUAUUAUUAUUAUUAUUAUUAUGGCUGGGUAUCGUUUUAAUAAACUGUUUAUGAAAA